AUGAGCACAAACCCUACCUCACCGCAACCUUCCAGAUGCACCUUCACUCUCCCAACACUCAUCACCUUCACCCUCCUCCUCACUCCGCCACCCCCCGCCGCCGCCGAGGACGACGUCAACUACCUCCGCGGCCUCCUCCGCUCCCUCCGCGAUCCAGAUCACACUCUCUCCUCCUGGAACUUCAACAACAACACCGCCGGCUUCAUCUGCCGCUUCGAUUACGUCGGAUGCUGGAACGAUCAGGAGAAUCGCGUCAUUUCAUUAAAACCGGCUGACCUAGGGCUUGCCGGAACGUUUCCCUCGGAUAUACGGUUUUGUAAGAAUUUGCAAACUGUAGAUCUGUCUGGUAAUAAUAUUACUGGUGAAAUUCCUACUGAAUUAUGCACGUGGUUGCCUUAUUUAGUUGAUAUAAAUCUGUCCGGUAACCGUUUCACCGGUCAAAUUCCGUCAGGUUUUGGUGAUUGUGCGUUUUUGAAUAUUAUUGAUUUUUCAAGUAAUCGAUUAUCCGGUAAUAUACCGGUUCAGCUGUCCAUGAAAGAAAACAAUUCCUCUAAUGCACACAUUACUGAGAGUAGAUCGCAACAAAUGACUGUGUCUGAACCAAUUCAAUCUCCUAUCCUACAAACAAUUGAGGAGGUUAUCCCCGUUGAGUAUUACGAAACUCUUGGUGGUAGUUUAAGUGGAACAGCUACUACAACUGUUGAACCCAUUGGAGAUCUGUUGGAUAGUGGUUACAUCAUUAAGACUCUCUUGAAGGCAACUACUAAUGAGGUUACUACUGUAAUCUCUGCUUAA